CAAUGAGCGACGCGGAGGAUAGUCCAUGCCGCGUGUGCGGGAAGAAUGAUCAAGAAGAGCUCCUGGUGUUAUGCGAUGGUUGCGACGCGCCAUUCCAUACGUUCUGCCACCACGGAUGCAUCUGUUGUCAGCAGAAGCCCCGCAACAACUUUGGCAAGUCGUUCCCGGUACCGGACGGCGACUGGUUUUGCAAGCUAUGUGCGGGACACAUACCUGAAUUGAAGCCCAAGCAAGCGCCGCUGUCAAGCGUGUUUGCCUGGGGAGACAACGCGGACGGACAGUUGGGACUCGGCACGGACACGGAAGUCGUGGCGGCGCCAACUGCUGUCCCAGACCUCGCAGGGAUUUCCGUGCGAGACAUUGCAGUGGGCGAGAGCUCGACCAUUGUGUUGUCGAACGAAGGCAACGUGUACACGUCUGGCACAGGCACGUCAGGUCAACUGGGACACCAAGACAUCGUGCAUGAAAAGCUGACGCGCUUCCGCAAGGUAGAAGGCCUGGAUAAGCGACCCGCCGCGGAAGGCAGACUGGAUCGCGUCCUUUCCGGGCGGGAAUUCUCGGUCUUGUUGUCGCAAAACGGUCAUAUCUAUACCUGGGGAAACGGCGAAGCGGGGCAAUUGGGGCACCAAGAAAACAAACUGAAAAAAACGCCGAAAAAAAUUUCGGCGUUGCGCGAGCAAGAGCUGCCAGUUGUAUUGGCGGCGGCGGGCGGCGACUUUAUCGUGAUGACGUCUGGUGUGGCGAAGGAAGACGACUACUUCCAUCGAGCGCUGCCGGGUGUCCUCAUGACGGUGGGCGCGAACACCCAAGGGCAGCUUGGAGACGCGUCGUUGAAGAACCAGUGGGUCCCGCAGCUCCUCAAUGCGAAGGGACCUGCGACCACCUCGGUGGAUGGAUGCACGGAGGAAGACCCGUCGUCAUGUCUUCUGGGCCGCGAUAUCCGCGCCGUUGCCGCGGGAGCCGCGCAUGUGGUCGCAGUGGUGACUGGCACGGCUGGCGCGUGGUCGUGGGGUAUGGGAGAAGCGGGUCAGCUGGGCCACCCCAAGCCGCCGGUCCCCGCAAGCGCCUCCAAGUUCUUCCGUCCGACCUUCCGCGUCCUCCGCCCGCGGUUCAUCCAGGCGCUCCGCGACGUCCACGUCACCCAUGUGGCGUGCGGUUCGGCGCACACGCUCUUCCUCACCAAAGAGCUGCGUGUGUUUGGCUGCGGAAGCAACAGCCACGGUCAAUUGUUGGGCGAAGCGCCGAAGGAUGCAGACGAGGUAGCCAUCGUGGAAGAACCAAAGGAUCUCGAGUGGACACCGCCGUCUGGGUCGGUCCGACAGAUUGGCGCGGGGGAGCAUCACUCUAUCGCGCUCACGACCGAUGGCGCAGUGUUUACAUGGGGUCGUAACGACAAAGGACAACUGGGACAUACUAGUAGUGGCGACGCCAACAGUGCCCGCGUUCCCACCCAAGUUCCCGGUCUGCCCAGCAUCGAAACCAUCUUCACGGCGUAUAACGCGACGUUUGCAGUCGAGUUUGCCCAGGCGGUGGCGCUCCCCAAGGUCGACAAAGCAGCAGCAACGAAGAAGACCAAGGGCAACGCGGUCAAGGCGCCACCUGCCAAACGAUCUAAAAAGUAGCCAGGACCUGCCUCCUGAUUGGACAGUCGGACGUGUACGGUCGCACGAGGUUGUCGUCAUUGAUAUCUGUAGAACGUAUCUUUCGGCUUGGUUGUUGUUCCUUUGUAACUUCAAUAUGCCCAUAAAAUGGUGAAAUAUCGACUCGAAAUUCACAAUAUAUCGCUCAAAUAUUUGGUUACG